UCUCUUCCCUGGAGAAGCAGAGACGCGCAGUCACUCUGCUGGAGGAGAAAACUCUGAGAGCCGCACCUGUCCUGGAGGAACAUCUUCACUUCCGAGGACCGAGAGCUGGAUGAAAAAUGAAACUGGAUGAGCUUCCCGCUCUGCUGCUGUGUGCCAUCUGUCUCCUUGUCCUGCCGUCGUCCUCUACCUCCCACCAUGACACAGAUGAUUCAAAGCUUCUCCAUGUGACCAUCCCCACGCCCUCGCCAGUGUUGGCCGUACUGGGCGAUUCUCUAACGUUACCCUGCCUGGUGUCUCUGGCCCACCCUCCACCCUCGCCGUCCACCAACGGCCGCCAUGCCGUGCUAUCUCUCCCCCGGGUCAAGUGGAGCGUGCUGAAUCAUGGCCGUGAGACAGAGAUCCUGGUGGCCCGUGGGGACAGGGUGAGAGUUAGCGAGGCCUACAAGGAUCGCGCCUCUCUGCUGAACUACGCCUACUCCCCUGCUGACCUCACCCUGCACCUGGAGAACCUGAGGAAGAACGACACCGGCUUCUACCGUUGUGAGGUGCAGCAGGGGCUGGAGGAUGCUGACGAAGUGGCUCACGUCAAAGUCAAAGGGGUGGUGUUUCAUUAUCGAGAUGCAUCGAGUCGGUAUGCCUUCACCUUUGAGCUGGCCAGAGAGGCCUGCAGGGAUAUCGGUGCUGAUAUUGCUACUCCAGAGCAGCUCCUAGCAGCGUACCACAGUGGAUAUGAGCAGUGUGAUGCAGGCUGGCUCUCAGACCACUCAGUGAGAUACCCCAUUCAGCAGCCCAGAGAGGGCUGUUUUGGCGACAUGGAUGAAUUUCCUGGAGUGAGGAACUAUGGACACUUAGAGCCUGAUGAGCUUUAUGACGUCUAUUGCUAUGUGCAGAAUAUUGAGGGUGAGGUGUUUCAUGGCUCCGCCCCCCUGCGAUUCACCUUCUGGGAGGCCAAAGCUUACUGUCUGAAACAUGCGGCAGAGUUGGCCACCACUGCUCAGCUUUAUGCAGCCUGGAAUGAUGGACUCAACCACUGCAGUCCCGGGUGGCUGGCGGAUGGAAGCGUGCGGUACCCCAUAGUCACCCCCAGGGAGCGCUGUGGAGGUGGCGAACCAGGGGUCAGAACCGUCUAUCGCUACAGCAACCAGACUGGCUUUCCCGAGGCUCACUCACGUCAUGAUGUCUACUGCUUCAGAAGUGAUCACCAUCUUUACACUGAAUCUCCUCAGGAUUUUCUCACCACUGAUUCAGUUCAUGAUGAGGUAACCCAUGGUGAGGUUAGCCAUCAUGAGGUGACCCAUGGUGAUAUUACACAUGAUGAGGUAACCCAUGGUGAGGUUAGCCAUCAUCAGGUGACCCAUGGUGAUAUUACACAUGAUGAGGUGACCCAUGAUACAGUGACCCAUGGUGACAUAACUCAUGGUGAGGUCACCCAUGAUGCAGUGACCCAUGGUGACAUAACUCAUGGUGAGGUUACCCAUGAUGCAGUGUCCCAUGGUGACAUAACUCAUGGUGAGGUUACCCAUGAUGCAGAGACCCAUGGUGAGGUUACCCAUGAUCGGUUACCAUUGAUGGCGUUACCCAUGAUGAUGUUACCCAUGAUGCGAUGCGUGACCCAUGGUGAGGUUACCCAUGAUGAGGUGACCCAUGGUGACAUUACCCAUGGUGAGGUUACCUAUGAUGCGGUGACCCAUGGUGAGGUUACCCAUGAUGUGGUGACCCAUGGUGACAUAACCUAUGGUGAGGUUACCCAUGAUGCGGUGACCCAUGGUGACAUUGCCCUUGAGGAGGUGACCCAUGGUGACAUUACCUGUGAUGAGGUGACCCAUGGUGAGGUGACAGCAAAAGUGGAUGUGGAGGUGCUACAUGCCCAGACAGUCAGACAUGUCCAACAGGUCCAUGUGGAGGCUCAGUCCAUAACACUGACAUAUGACAAAGAGCCAUCGUUCACAGAAGACCUUUAUCACUAUGUCACUUCUCCACCUGAGCAUCAACAGCAUCUUACCACCCAAGAUAUCUGGGAGCCUGUAGAGAAGGCCAGCUAUCCGGAGUCCUAUCAACCAGCACCUGAAGAAAACCCAGACACAAAUCAUGAAGAGUCUCACAUACAUCCAACCUCUUCAAAUGCAGAUCAUGAGGUAACCACUGUUGAAGACUCAGCUCUUGAUAAAGUAGAGUCUUCAACAGCAACAGCAGCAACAGCUGCUACUUUAACAGCUGUUGAUGAGAGAGAGAGCAGAGAUCCAACAGAUUCUGAGACUAACCUAGAGACUCAAACCCUGGGUAUGCCAGGUGUUAAUGCAACAUCUGGAACAGACUUGGAUGAGUUGCUCAGCAGUUCUUCACAGGUGCAUCAAGAAAGGGAGCUUCCCGUUUCCCAAGAGGACCACACUCCAGGCAUCCACUUAGAACAAGAUUUUGACACUAAGCUGAUAUUCUCAACUCCUUCUUACGAUAUUUCUGGGCAACCAGAAGAGGCCAGUGCAAGUAAUGAGGAAGUUUCAGUUGUGAUAACUUCAAACAGUAUUAACUCCACUACACCACGUGUGAACCACCCAGCAGAAGUGGAGCAUGAAGGUGAGAAUGGAAGUCCUCCAGUUGAUGAGACGCAAGCCCCAGUAACUCGGAGUGUGAUUGGCUUUGGCACCUCUUCCUGUGUUGAAGUGGACUCUGUGACUGAUUCAACUUAUCAUAAUCCUCAACCCUUCCCAGUCGACUAUGAUGAUGAGGAAUUCAAGAGCGUGUCAGAUCCGGUCGAGCAGCGUGGACACAUCCAUGCCACUGAGAUCCCAACCGCAGAGGUCCUCACAGUCACAGAGCACUCUGACUUCACUGUGGACGCUUCCAUCCUGAACAAUGAUCCUGCCACUGUGUUGUCAUCUGUCACCCCGUCUCCUCCUAUUGGGGUUGAAACCAGCCCCGCAGAGAUGAUCACUUUCAUACCAGAGAGCAAGGCUUCCUCUGGGGCUGAACCUCUGGAAGACAUCAAGGAAAAUAUCGAACAGCAGACAGUUGGUGAAAGCCAACAAGCAUUUCUCAGCAUGAGGGAAAACAUCACAGGCAGUGACUCAGAGGAGAAGGAUCAAGACGAUGGAGAAGGAUCAGGAGAAUCAUCGGGAGAAACACCGGAGAUGAAACCAGAAAUUCCUUUGACCAACCCGACUGUUUGUCGUUGUGGUGAGGCCGACAACGGUGAAGAUCCUCAUUCAGAUGUAGAAAUCACUCUGAUCCCUCAUCCGACCCUCACACCCAGAUGGGAACCAGAACCUUCCUCCUCCUCAUCCACGCUGCAGGAGUCUCUCUCUGAUCGAGAAUACAGCGCUGAGAGUUCCACUGCAGGGGAAAUGUACGAUAUCUCCAAAGAGCAAGAGGUGAUCACCGCCAGCAACAUCUAUGAACACGGAUUAGCAGCAGGUGUUGGAGAAUCCGCCACAUACGAGCCCUCGGAUAGAAUGAGCACGUGGCACCAAGGUUUGGAGAACAGCGACGCAACUCUCACCACAGACGGUCAUGACGAGACUGCUACUGAUCAUGGCUUCUCCUCCGAGGAUGAUGAUGAUGAUGACGACGAGGAGGACAACGUCAAUGAAGAGGAGGAGGAUGAGGGAGAAGACUCCCUGCCUGCUGCGAUACCAGGAGCCAUUUCAGUUUCCUGCCUGGAGAACUCCUGUCUAAAUGGAGGCACUUGUGUUGAGGGUGAAUCACCGCGGUGCUUUUGUCUCCCUGGUUACGGAGGAGACUUGUGCCAGACAGACGUGGAGGAGUGUGAGCCAGGCUGGGAGAAGUUUCAGGGUUUCUGUUACCAACACUUUACCAAGAGGCAGAGCUGGGAGGCGGCGGAGCAGCACUGCCGUAUGUGUGGUGGACACCUCAUUUCUAUCAUGACCCCAGAGGAGCAGGACUACAUCAAUGACAAAUAUAAAGAAUAUCAGUGGGUUGGACUGAAUGACCGAACCAUAGAGGGAGACUUCCGCUGGUCAGACGGGAACCCACUGCUCUAUGAGAACUGGCUCAGAGGUCAGCCUGACAGCUACUUCCUCUCUGGCGAGGACUGUGCAGUGAUCGUGUGGCACGACGGCGGCCAGUGGAGCGACGUGCCCUGCAACUACCACCUGUCCUACACCUGCAAGAAGGGCGUGUCCUCUUGUGCCGAGCCCCCUCAGAUUCCCCACGCUAAAGUCUUUGGGAAAGAACGCUCGCAUUACGAGACCAACGCCAAGGUGCGGUACUACUGUGAGGAGGGUUUCGUGCAGAGACUGAAUCCUGUCAUCAAGUGCCUGCCUAGCGGUCAGUGGGAGGAGCCUGUAAUGACCUGUGUGCCAUCUCAUACAGUGGAAGGAGACGCCGUCACCUCACUGCCUCAACAGCAUGAGAAGGUCACGGAGGUCAUGAGUGCGGCCGCAGAGAAAGCGACGCCCAUGCACAUGGACGUUACCCAGAAUGUGUAAAGUCUCCUGCUGUCCAAAUCUCUUUUUCUCUUAAAAAGAAUUCACACAUUUCCUCUUGAGACUCUCUGGAAAAUGUGGAUUAGUGCUUUGAAUUCCAAUGUGUUUUACAGGAGAGGAGAAAGUUAAGCACGACUGAAGAGUUUGGGAAGAGUCAGGUGGAUUUGUUCCCCAAUAGAAUACUGACCUAGAUGUACUGUUACGUCCUCAUGAAGCUGGGUCAGGGUCAAGGUUAGAGGCUGCAGAAGAAGUGCUUGUGUUAAAAAAUUAACAGUUCAUUCUAUGGUGUAUUCCAGAUUAGGUUUUUUAUAAUGUAUUAUAUAUUUGUAGUGUUCAAAAAAAG